AUGAACAAACACAGGCACAAACAGCCUGAUACGUCAAAUGAAUUCAGCGAUGCCUUGAACCGCGAGAAGUUUGCAGUCAAGAUUGCAACGAAGACAAACCCACGCGGCAGCAAAGUCGUGCCUGGUAUCACGGUAAAUGUGAAAACAUCAGUGCAAAAGCCUGUCACCGAGCUGAAUGCAUCUAUCGAUACUGACCCGGCAUCGACUGAUUCCUCAAACCGCCGCAGUAGCGUCAGGAAACAAUCCCAACCGACGGACACCCGAGCGAAUCAUCCAGACGAGGAUGCUGAAGGUGUUUACAAAAUUUUCGUACAAACGCGUCGAUGUGAAGAACUGUGCUCGGGGCUUGGACUUACAAUGAAAGAUAUCCGUAAGAUGAAGCGCAAGUACGAUGCCAACGACAUGUUUCAUUCCGGUGAGAUCAAUCAGGCCGAAUUCUUCUUCAUGAUAAAAGAGGAACGAAGGCCGUUGACACUUGGAAUUUUGAAGUUUGCUGACGUUCCAGAGUCUCAAAAGUUCCUGUCGUUCGACCAAUAUCUGCUCUGCGUUGUGAACUUUGCUGUACUUACAAAGCCCGAGCUCUAUCAGUUCGUCUUCGACCUGUACGAUGACGACCAAUCCGGUGCUCUGGAUGAGCGAGAAUUUACUAAAAUGAGUCUAGAAUUGCAGAGUAAGCAAUUUCACUUCCAAGCAAACGUUUCGAUGGCUAUCAAGCUCCUCGAAGGCAAAGAGGGCCGUGCGGUUUUCGCUCCUGACGACGGACUGGUUGAUAUGGGCGAGUUCAUGAAAUUUGCGAAAAAUUUCCCAGUAGCCUUCUACCCGAUCAUGAAUAUGCAGAAGAAUGUGCGUGCCUCCACGCUGGGUGAAUCUCGCUGGUCUCGCAUCACGGCCAAUAAACUCAAAGUCCAAGAACUUGUAAGCUACAUGCGUCGUCACCAGGGUGCAAUACCACAGCUCACAUUUCGCGAAAGUAUUGUGAAUAUUUUUUCCAGUGAGAUAUUUCACAUCCGCAAGCGUGCCGGCGAACUUUACGCUCGUGAGCUUGUCCAACGCCAUCGUCUGAGUACCGUGGAUAUCGACGGAGAUUAA